AGUCCAAUAAGCGCAGAUUACUGUGCGACGAUUGCGCAAAAGAGAAAGAGAGAGAGAGAGAGAGGAAAAAGAAAAAGGAUAGAAAAUAGGGAUGGCGUAGGAGAAACGUAGGGCUCGGUCGCGCACGCUCUUGUCGACUCAUAAAAGUGAAAAAGAGAGAAAGAAAGGGAAAGAACAAUGAUGAAAGAAGGAAGGAUAGGAGGGAUAUAGAGAGAUAGAAAGAGAGAGAGGGAGAUAGAGAAGAGAGAAAGAGUGGGUGGAAAAAAGGAAGAAAAUGAUGUAAGAAAAGAGGAGUGAGAAAGAGAGAGAUAAAGAGAAUAUUGUGUAGCCCGCCGUCAAUGUGCUCUCAGUUCGAAAAUGUAACACGUGAUCGUGGUAUAUCUCUCGUUUUAGACUACUCGACAUUGAAUUUUCACCGACGUUAGUCGUUCCUGCCUCUUCCUCCGACGCGGGUGUUGCGUCCGAAGGGAAAUCCGUUGUGAUGAGGCACACCUCGCGCGAGGUAAUUCGUGUUAAAGAGACAAAGAUAGCGAUAAGGGGGUGAAGAAGGGAGGGAGGUGGACGAGAAGAAGACGGAGAAGCAGGAGGAAAGGGAAAAAUGGCGGUGGAUAUUUUAGACGAGGAUCAUCUGGCCGUGAGCGCGAUCGUUACGGUCGGAAUGCAAUUGAUAUUCUUCACAAUUGCCGCGACGUUUCAGCUGGACAAAUUGACGGAUUUUGCCGGCGGCACCAACUUCAUCAUUCUUGCCCUUCUCACUUUCUUUCUCGGGCAAAUGGGCAAGACCUACGACAAUCGACAGCUUAUGGUUACCGUAUUUGUAUGUUUAUGGGGUGUACGACUAUCAGGAUACCUUCUUUAUCGAAUCAUCAAGAUCGGACGAGAUAAAAGAUUCGAAGAUCGUCGAAGCAAUGUUAUUCGUUUUGCAGUUUUUUGGACCUUCCAGGCUGUAUGGGUUUAUGUUGUGAGUCUACCGGUAAUUAUCAUAAAUUCGCCUCGUCACAAAAUCCCACCAGCGCCAAAAACGAUGACCAAUUUCGACAGUGCUGGUACUGGACUCUUCCUCAUUGGAUUCGCGGCAGAGACCUAUGCUGAUUUACAAAAGUUCGCUUUUAAACAGGAUCCCGUUAACAAUGGGAAAUGGUGUAACGACGGACUAUGGAGACUAUCUAGGCAUCCUAAUUAUUUCGGAGAAAUCGUCGUAUGGUGGGGUAUCUUCGUAAUAUCCUUGAACGUGAUCGAAGGAGCCGAAUGGGUUGUUAUCGCCUCUCCGAUCUUUACAACGAUCAUCAUCCUCUUCUUAUCGGGUAUGCCUUUACUGGAAAAGGCGUCGGACGAGAGAUACCGAGAUAAUGCUGAAUAUCGUUACUACAAACAAUCAACGUCACCAUUGAUACCAAUUCCACCUUCGAUCUACGUCGAAGUACCACGUUUUCUGAAGUUUGUUCUCUGCUGUGAAUAUCCCCUUUACAAUUCGUUAGACGCAAAGCCACGUUCGGCCGUGACCGAAUCGACGUCCAUCAGUUUGGCAGCAUCCACGUAGCUGUAGCCACACGCCGGGCGUCCUAACUCUGAGUCCGGCGUGCAAUCGACGACUACGGCGACAGCCAGCACAGCCUUUUAAACGACCUUCCUAGUACACCGUUUUUAUCGAUAAUACGACAGGAAUAACAAUACGUGUUCUCUCUAACUCAAUCGAUUCCGAGAAUUUCUCAUUGUCCUUUCAGGACUUGUUACCUUGAAAAGUGAGUACACAAUGGAAAGAAUGAUCUAUAUAUUGUUGUUAUGUCUUUAGUUACCUGAUGAAUAUAUAGGAAUGAAUAUACCGUUCUAUAUAUUUAUGAAUGUAUGUACUUGUGUAUACGAGCACGUGUGUGUGUGUGUGCGCGCGUGCGUGUGCGCGCGUCGUGUGUUUAUUUCGAGAAAGAUCCUUUUUCUUUCAAAACAAAUCUCUCAUUAUCGUUUUCACGAUAAAUUCUUUGUAAUUUUCUCAAGGAUGAGUUCUUUGUUUUCUCUUUUUCUCUCGUAUUGAUAAAAUGAGAAAGAGAGAGAAAGAGAAAGAGACAGAGAAAAAGAGAAAAAAGAGAAAGAAACGAGGACGUUGAACGUUCUAUUAUUUUAAACGUUGGAAUAAAAGAAACAAAUUAUUUAUGGAUUUUUGCUAACCGGCUGGUCCGGAUAUUAAUGGUGAAGACAACGGUGAUAUACAUAUAAAUAUAUAUGUAUGUAUUCAGGAUCGUGGAUAAAUAUGAAUUAGUAUUACAGAAUAACUUCUAAUCUUCCGCACAUUCCGUCUAAUCACUAUUUCGCCCUCUUUCUAAGGUACAAAUUUAAAAAAAUGGUCAAUGAUGACGUUUAAUGAAUGAAUUAAUUAACGUGACUUCGAGUUUACGGUACCGCUGGACGACUUUUCGAAGUUCACUAUCUUUGGCACAUAAAUCCAUCCGCGAUCAUUGUUAUUUACUCGUUUCGAUGGUUAAAUCUAAAAUUUAAUGGUUAAAUUAAAAAAAAAAAAAUAAAUAAAUAAUUAAUUAAUUAUAUAAAAGAGAAAGUUAUAUUAAUCGGCGAUAUUAGAAGCUAAUAUAAAAGAAUUAUAAUGAAUAACUAUUGCAAGUAGCUUUGCAAUUAAAAAAAAAAAAGGAAAAAGAAAAAAGAAAAAAGAAAAAAAAAUAAAUAAAUAAAACGAUGCAAUUAUCGAGCAUUGCGUUGCUCAGUUUUGAUCGCUUUGAGUCUCGUGAUUAAUUAGAAAUAAUAUCUUUUCAUGGUAAUGAGAAAAAAUAAAAAAGAAAAAACAGAUAAAAAAACAGAAAAAAAAUAGAUGAUCAUUACACGUGAGUAAUGCAAUAGCCAAAUCGAAGCAAUAUAAUUAAAAAUCGUAGCAAUAGCGGUCGAUUAAAGAAGAACGCCGAUUUCUAUAGGCGUUAUAAUUUUUCUAAAGAAAAAAGAGGAAAAAAGAAGUAUCCUUCUGCCAAUAAUGAGAACGAAAAAAAAGUUUAAUUCAUUUAAUUGGAAAAAUUCAAUAAUAGAAAUCGGUGCAUAGCAGAUAUGACGUUUCGAUCGUUAUAAAAAAGAAAAUAAUUGUCAAUUAAGUGUUCUAACGUCGAUCAGUAGUUUCAUUAAUAUUCGCCUUGCGCUAAAAGAAAAUUACAAUAAUAAUUAAUGUAAAAAUAUGUAUUGCAUAAAACGAUGUCGAACGUGAUUAUCUAAAAACUUUAUAAUGUAAUCGCGCUACCUCGAAUGCGAUGGCCUCGAUUUGGGACCGAAUAUAUUUACUAUAGAGACAAAAAAAUAAAAAGAAAGAAUUAAAAAAAAAGAAAGAUAUAUAACGUAAAAAAUAUACGCUUGGCAAAUUCGUGCCAUUUUGUCGGGAUUCAACCAUACGCAACAAUGUUAAAUGAAGAUCUAAAAUGCUCGUUGUAAAGGUGAUAUAGAUGAAAAGAAAAGAGAAUUAAUACUAGAGAUAUUCAAUGUAUAAUAUGCGUUAUAAAUAAAAUGCGUUAAUAGUUUUUUACCUGUACGUAUGUAGUACUUAUGUACUAUUAUCGUAUCGCGUGAUCUUUCGAAUAUAAUUGAAAUUAGUUUUAGAAAAAUGCAGUAGAAUCUUUACCGCGCUCUAUUUAGAAAUCAUUGUAUCUAUAUUGAUUAAAAUCUAGCAAUACGAAACAUAUCUUAGUGGCCGAUAGAGAAUAUUGUUGUUAAAAGAGAAUAAAAAAUAAUAUAUAUAUAUAAAAGAAAAAAAAAAAAGAAAUAACAUACAGAAAAUUUGUUCGAUAGUCUUAAUUCUUAGAUAAUCUAUAAUAUAGAUUUAACAAUAAGACAAGAUUUCUGGCCGAUAUUGUGAGGUAACAAAAUGUAGAAAAAAAAAGAAAGAAGAAGAAUAUUGAAAAGAUCGUUGUUGCUAAAGAGAAUCUAUAAAAUUGUACGAUAAUAAAUCGUUGUUAGAUCCAACGAAAAAAUCA